AUGUCCGCGUUUGAGGACAACCCAUUUGCUGAAGAGGACGAUGAUGAAUUAACGCACCACAUAGAGGCUGCCGCAAGAAAGAGAGCGCGUGAGGAUAGUGUAGCGGAUUACCCUGCAUACGAGCGACUGUCUUAUCAGCAAGACAUGCCUGCCCAGUUAACGGCGCACACUGUUGUUGCUGCUUCGCCACAGGAUGAGACACCGCACGAUGACGAUGGGGACACACUCGAACUGGGAGACGUCCCAACCGGCCAUAUGCUCGCGGAGUACGAUGUUGGCCGUGAGGAGGAUGAAUUCAAUGCAUUAGUCGUGAGGACUGUGGGGCUGGAGUCUGAGUUAAAGCAACACAAGAAGACCAGCGAGGAUGAACUUUCCCAGUUGUCAAAGGACAAUGAAAGCCUGCGGGAGAAGGUGGAGGCACUAAAGAUAGAAAUUCUGCAUGUUCAUGAAGAGAUUAAUUCCACUCAAAUUUCACCAAUCGUGGAGGAUCCAAACCAAGACCACGGAAAUAAUAAUAGUAGUUCCGGUGCAAUGGAGCUAGUGGAAACUGUGCAAAAGGAGACCAGAAUUCUUCAUCAGAAAGCGGCAGAUCUUACACAGAGUAUCACGUUACUGGAGGAGAGAUGCACUCCUGUUGUGGAUCUCUCGGAACGCGUCCGCUCUUGCAUUUUUGGUGAGGCGGAGGAGCUGCCGGACCUUAGUGCGUUUGACCCACAGCCUGAAAGACGUCGCUUUGAAGUCAUUGAAGUUGCGGCAGCAAGGUUGCGUGGUAAUGGGGCGGCCGUACUUGUACAGGCGCUCGUCGCGGAGCUUGGACAUCUGCUUUCGCAGUAUGACACGACCUACGCAACCGCCACGUUAGAGAGGGACCGUGCGGCAUGUAUGGAAGUUGUCUUGCACGACUUGGCACACGACUCGCAGGAAUGGUACACCCGUUCCGUCAACAGGGCUCUUCAUGGCGUUAGCGGUACCUCACCACCGGUGUGUGCUGAGUCAUAUGAGGGUGGAUUAAGCAUUCCCAAGCUGGAGGCAGCGGUGUGCCACGCGGAGUCUACGAUUAAUAAGCUGCUUGCGCCAAAUCUCGUGGCGUUAUCGCAUCAAAACACAGCUCCUAUUGCUGCGGCGGCCUCCGUGGCGCUCAGCCGGGAGUUGGAAUCCCACACGGAGGUCCUUGGGCGUGAGGUGAUUGGCUUGCGCGAGCUGCUCCUCACUGACACGGCGACGCUGCUGCAGAAGUUGAGGAAUUCAAAGGAGAUGAAUGAUGGAAGUACCGAAGAGGCUGAGACAUCCGCUGCAAGCGAGAAUGUUAAAUUGUUGAUGAAUCUGGGAAAGACGUUACUAGAACGGCUUGGUGCAGCGGAUUCGUUGUGGCAUUCGCUGUGUGUCUCUGCGAACGUCCGAAUGGCCCCAGCAGUGGAGCUGCAAAUCGCGUUUUACAAGCAUUACAUAGAAAUGCAGAAGACGUUAUUGAUUGCGUUGCGCACACUCAACACUGCAUUACAGCAGAGGGCUCACCUGGCAACGGUAAUUCGCCAGGUGGCCCUCCACGAUGGCGAUGAUGAAGCUGCUUCCUUGUUAGCUGCGAGGGUGCUGCAAGAAUCUGAGAGGGGUAUCGGCAGUAUCCAUGAAGAACUGGAGCAAACAUGCGCCGCGGUGAUGCAACGGUUUACAGAGGAUGCUGCUGAGCUCCUUCGUGAGCAAACGUUGAACACAAAACAGAGCAUAGGUCAGUUUCAGGAGGUCUGUGAUUUUUUUGCAAGCACAGUUGAAAAGAUGGAUAGUCUUGUUUACGGUGAGUCAUCGGAUGCGAUUCAUCAUUCACUCGCGGACACGUCACUGAUGCACUCUACAAAAACUGUUGAUGAACCUUUGGUGCUGAACUUGGUUCCUUGCAAAGAUGCAUGCACAGAUAUUGUGAAUUUUGCGACGAGUGACCAUGAUCAGGAGCUUCAGGAGGAACUUGCCGCUGCACAGCGGCGGAAUGAGGAACUGGGGAAGUGCAUGAAAUGGCUUUCGAUGCAGAAGUCUCACAGCGCCGUGCCGCUCUUGCUUGCAACGCGUAAAGAGAUUGGGCUCUUCAAGGAGAAACUGGUGACAGUGGCACAAGGAGAGGCCAAGUGGGAAUCACUCAAGGAAGACGUUGACACGACACAGCGAGAAAUUGCUGUGACUCAGACUGCAAAUGCCGCGAUGAGAGCAAAGUUGGGCGAGCUGCGCAAGCAGCUUGGCGCGAAGGCCGAUGCAGGCAGUCCUUGA